GUGCGCGCGCUGCGGAGCGUCAGCGUCAUUCACCGGCGGCACAGGACGGACUAUGAUUGAAGUCUUUAUAUUCUCGUUUGUCACGUCGGUUUUUAACAUCAGAUCAUGAGUUUGUGCUGAGAUUAGGUUUCACGUUAUUCAGAAUCAUUGACUCAGAAAGCGGAAGAGCGCAGAAUAUAGAUCAGUGAUCAGCUAACGAUCAUCAUGCCGCCUGUUGAAAAUGACCCGGGUCGCGAGCAGAUCCGAUCACGGAUCAAAGAACUGGUCGACUCCAGUCAGGUGCUGGUGUUCAGCAAGAGUUACUGCCCUUAUUGUGUUAAGGUGAAGGAACUCUUUAAAGAGCUGAAUGUGAAAUGUAAUGCCGUAGAGCUGGACCUGAUGGAGGAUGGAACGAACUACCAGGACCUGCUGCAUGAGAUGACGGGGCAGAAAACAGUCCCCAACGUUUUCAUCAAUAAGAAACACAUCGGGGGCUGCGAUAACACAUUGAAGGCACACAAAGAUGGCGUCUUGCAGCAGCUGUUGGGUGAAGGGAGUGAGGUGUACGACUAUGACCUCAUCGUGAUCGGAGGAGGUUCUGGUGGUCUGGCAUCCUCAAAGGAAGCAGCUAUCUUGGGGAAGAAGGUGAUGGUUUUGGAUUAUGUCAUUCCCACACCAAAGGGAACAACCUGGGGUCUGGGAGGCACGUGUGUAAACGUAGGGUGUAUUCCUAAAAAGCUCAUGCAUCAAACGGCCCUGCUGGGUACAGCCAUGCAGGAUGCCCGCAAGUUCGGCUGGGAGUUUAGCGAGCAAGUGACCCACAACUGGGAUACAAUGAAAACCGCAGUAAAUAACUACAUCGGUUCAUUGAACUGGGGCUACAGGGUUUCCCUCCGAGACAAGAAUGUCAAUUAUGUCAACUCGUACGCAGAGUUUGUAGAGCCACACAAGAUCAAGGCGACAAACAAGCGCGGUAAGGAGAUGUUCUACACCGCCUCUAAGUUUAUCCUGGCGACGGGAGAAAGACCUCGUUACCUUGGCAUCCCCGGAGAUAAAGAGUACUGCAUCACCAGUGAUGACCUGUUUUCAUUGUCCUACUGUCCCGGGAAGACUUUAGUGAUCGGAGCGUCUUAUGUCGCUCUAGAGUGUGGAGGCUUUCUGGCCGGUUUGGGGCUGGACGUGACCGUCAUGGUUCGUUCCAUUCUGCUCCGAGGCUUCGACCAGGACAUGGCCAACCGCGCUGGUGACCACAUGGAGACGCACGGGGUCAAAUUCAUCAGGAAGUUUGUUCCUGUCAAGAUAGAGGAGCUUGAAGCUGGAACGCCGGGCCGACUGAAGGUGACGGCCAAAUCUACAGAGAGUGAUGAAAUCAUUGAGGGGGAAUACAACACUGUGUUGAUUGCAGUCGGUCGUGAUGCCUGCACGGGGAACAUUGGACUAGACAAAGCUGGAGUUAAAGUCAACCCAAAGAACGGGAAGAUUCCAGUAAAUGAUGAAGAACAGACGAACGUUCCUCACAUCUACGCCAUCGGUGACAUCCUGGAGGGGAAGUGGGAGCUGACGCCUGUGGCUAUUCAGGCAGGAAAACUCCUAGCUCGGCGGUUCUUCGCUGGCUCUUCUUUGAAGUGUGACUAUGUGAACGUCCCCACCACCGUCUUCACUCCUAUGGAGUACGGCAGCUGCGGUUAUGCUGAGGAGAAAGCCGUGGAGAUCUAAGGGCAGGAGAACCUUGAGAUCUAUCACAGUUUGUUCUGGCCGCUGGAGUUCACCAUUCCUGGCCGGGACAACAACAGGUGCUACGCUAAGAUCCUUUGCAAUAAACUCGACAACGAGCGUGUGAUUGGCUUUCAUUAUCUGGGUCCUAAUGCUGGAGAGGUCACGCAGGGGUUCGGAGCUGCCAUGAAAUGUGGGAUUACCAAAGAUCAGCUGGAAAACACCAUCGGCAUACACCCCACCUGUGCUGAGAUCUUCACCACCAUGGAGGUGACCAAAAACUCAGGUGGUGACAUCACUCAGGCGGGCUGCUGAGGUUAAACCCUGCUCGUUUAACAGGCUGUCAGUUACUAGUUUAAACCAGUUCAUACCGGUGAUCUUCCCUUUCCACUUAGCAAACAUCAAGUCUCUUUCUAGUAAUCUUUCUGAGAAUCUCAGGUCAUCAACAUACAUCAGAAAGGCAGAUUAAUGUGAUCUUUCACUCAGAAGAACAUGCGCUGCUCUGCUCUUGGAUGUCCGUCGUGUCUCUGUGGUUUUCCUUUGCGCUCAACCAUUUAAAAGCCACCUGAAUCUUUUUGUGACGGAAGGGUUUGAAGGGUUUUAGUGAUUGGGCGAAGUAUAGGAUGUAAUUGUUGAGACACGGUGGCCACUCAGAGGCGGGGCUUCACUUGCUGUGGAGACCAGUGGUGAGGUGAGGAGCUAAUGAUUGACAGUCUGUUAGACAGCGGGGUUACUCUGCUCGAAUUUAUCAUCAAAGUCAGAAAUGCACCAGCGUGUGUCUGUGAUUUACUAUCUUCCUUUACAUGUACAAAGUUAUACGCACAUACCCGAACACUCGUGGUGCUCUGUGACGUUUUAGCCAAUAACCCACGUAAGUGGUGGGCUAGGACUGAUGUUUUUCUGUACUUUGAUUUGACAUGCAUUUACAUAAAUAUACACGCUCUGGACUGUU